AUGGGCUCCUCCAAACGUGGUCACUUCAGUGGGCGUAAAGUUUACUAUACUCCAAACAAUUCUCAAUACUUUGACAAGUUUUUUAUUAUCAAACGCACAUCAGAUAAACAAGAAACCUUUUCACCUGUUUCACCGUUCCUUGUACAAAAGGCAAUAGCAGCUACACUCGGUGAAGUUCUAUCGAUUCGGAAAAUGCGAUCUGGUGAUUUGUUGGUGGAAAUCAGUACCAAAAAACAAGCUCAACAAAUUAUGAAACUAAAAGCUCUCGCGCAUAUUCCCGUUUCUGUGAAUCCGCACACGUCUCUAAAUUUCUCCAAAGGUGUUAUUACCUGCGGAGAAUUGUUUAAUGUCUCUAUAGAAGAAAUAACCUCUGAAAUGAAGCCACAAGGCGUGACGCAUGUUCGCCAGAUAACAAUUCGGCGGAAUGGUCAAUUACUUUCAACGAAGCAUUACAUACUUACUUUCCACAGUCCUAAUUUACCCGAAUCUAUAUAUUCAGGCUAUAUCAAAUUACCUGUUCGCCAGUACAUACCAAAUCCAUUGAGAUGCUUCCAGUGCCAGCGCUUUGGCCAUUCAAAAGUUAAUUGCCACGGGACACUCACAUGUGCCCGUUGUGCCGAAAAAGGGCAUGAUAGCCAGCAGUCUAGGCGUAGGAUUCAGAAUCAGACCCCUACUCCUGGUGUCAGCUAUGCUGCCAUCGUACAAAAAUCCUUUUGCGCUAACUGUUCUUGUGUCAAUUGUAAGAAAGAAUCAAGUAUGAAACUUCCUGAAAAGACAUCGAAUUCUGAUUCUGAACACUCAAUGAAAAGUGUUCAAGAAUCACCUCAAGUAGAUACUUCAACUAAAAAAGUCCAGAAGAAAAAAACGAAGAACUCAAUGACAUUAAAAUUGGCAAAACGUGGCAUUUCACAAAAAGAUCUAUCGGUGAAACUUCGAAAAUCUGCUUCACGAAACUCAGUCGCCUUGGGUUUGGCUAAUCAGGGUGUAGUCUAUAAGGACUUAACGUCCAUUUUUGGUGACACAUUUAACAACCCCGAUUUCAAGCUCCAUCCAUCUGAGGAUGAAGACUCGCUUGAUAUGAGUGGCGAAGACCCUGCAACCACAACAAAUGCCGAAUCUCUUUCCUCCUCUAAAGUUCUCUCUUAA